CUCAGGAUUUUAAGACAUCAGCAGAAUACCUUGAUAUCCGGACUCUGAAAGACUACGCAAACCCACACACUUUUAACUGACCUCUAGCACUUCAAAUGAGGAAUGUUCGCGUGAAUCUGACUACUCAAGGUUGUUGACAUAAAAGAGGGUUGGAUUUAAUUGCAUGGGAUUAAAGUGGGCUUGAUAAAUUUCUUUGUUCUAUUUUGGAUUGAUUGGACUCAUUUUUAUCAAGUGUUGUGAACCAGUACAUUUUCAGUUACGGUUGUUGACUUCCUAACUACUGUUUACCAAGUUGAGUAAUGACAAUUUCGUCGAUAGUAGAGCAUAGUAGCCACAUAUGUAGCCGAUUUCAAGUCACGCCUAAUUCAUUCAGCUUUAAUCGUCAAUAUACCCAGAUUUAUUUGGCACGUCUUACUGCAGCCAAGGCAGUGUUGAAAACGUUGGCUGAACAGAGAUGGUCAACUUCAUCUACAAAAUCUGAGGCAUCGCAUUUCCCCGUUCGAACAUUAGCUGAGCUAAAUGGAGAUGAAAAAUGCAUAAUAAUCGGCACACUUUUCAAGGAAAUGCGUUUAAAACCUAGUGUACUACAUGAUAUUGCAGCGGUAGAAAUUGAAAAUGUUGAAUCAGACAUUCGCAUUUCUUCAACUGAUACUCACUCUUUGGUUCAUCUCACAUCGGACGAUGAUUUACUUUUUCUUGAAGAUGAAGUACAACGUAUUGCUUUGAGUUUUUGUAGUCAGAUUUCAAAAUUUUGGUCUCCAGCUAAUCUGGUUACAGGAGUUGUAGUUGCAGCUCUUGGUUACGAGCCUGAAUCUCAACCCGGUUCUUUCUACAUUGAAGACAUGUUAUUCUUAGAACCUCAACCUGAAAAACCUAUUCAUGUUCAAGAAAUUUCCCAUAUUGACGUUAACACAACAGAUUUUCGCAACUCUGGACCUUGGGUUGGUGUUGUUAGUGCCUUAGGUUUUGCAGGUAAUGGUCAAGUAAAACCGGGACAUUCAAUAGCUCUUCAACUUCUUGCCGAUUGGAUACGUUGUGCUGGAGACUUCCAUGGUUCAUCAGAGUUACACACUGACUCUGGUUUGAUACAUCUUCUGAUUUUGGGUGAUUCAAUUCAAGCAUCAAAAUCAAGUAUAGAUAAUGAUGGUGAUAAGUGCACUCCAGCUGUACGUCUUACACAGCGUGCUCGCUACUUAACUCGUAAUGCCGAUGCAGAAACUGUGACCGCUAUGGCUCGUUUUGAUCAGUGGUUAGCCAGUCUCCCUAUAGGAUCAGGUUGUAAAGAUAAUGGCACUGAUUUUAAUGGUAUAUCGAUAGAUUUGUUGCCGGGACCAUCUGAUCCUACUUCAGUCCUCAUGCCACAACAGCCGAUUCAUUCAGCCGCCUUACCUUGUGCCGUUUCUCGUUCUGGUGGUGUUGGCAGUGGAAGUUUAUGUGGUCGAACAAAUCCUUAUAGUUUUAUGUUGAGAAAUCGAAAUAUUCUGGCUACUUCUGGUCAGGGUGUAAAUGAGUUAUAUAGGUUACAUUGGCCUCACAAAACGAUCACUUUCCAAACGCAUCUCAGAGCACCCGAUAUGGCUUUUAAAAGAAGAAUGCAAAAUAAUUACUAUUUCAAUACAGGAGCAUUUGUCAACUAUGGACACAUUGCUCCAAAGGAGUUUCUUUUAAAAUAGUCUACACAUCAAAGGGAUUGGAUCGAAGGGAGGUCGAAUCAAAAUCGUACUCCUUGCUAAGGCAUUGGCAAUCCACCAACUCAAGCUCGAACUUUGCGUGCAAAAGCGAUACGUCCAACCUCUCAUCCUUGUUCGUCCCUAAUUCCCUUUUGUAGUUUUUCUCGAUUUUUUUUAUUUUUUAUUUUUAUCAUUACUAUUGAUUUUUUUAAGUAGUGUUUUGUAAUCGGUUAUUAUUAUCCUUAAACAAGUUUUCUUCAUUAUGAUUAUUCAGUUUUUAUUAUUAUGACGUUUAUGUUUGUCCUUUUUCUUCAUAUCCGUCAAUUGGACAAUUAUCUUCCAUAAUUCAGACCCAUAAAUUAUUUCCAGUCUUAUAUUCUUCUCUUAUUCCUAAAGUAUUUUGUUAAAUAAAGAAGGCUAACACUUGGAAUCAAUCUAGGUUUUAUACUGUUGCGUGUUAUAAUAGAUUCUUUGGUAGUUAUGUAUGUUUGUUUCGCUCAUUACACUACUGAAUUAAAGUGAUAUAAUUAUGAUUCUGAGUAAAAUCAUUUCUUCCUACAACUGAAAUCUGUGCUUUAUUUCGUUGUAAUAACAAAACUGUUAUUUGAGUAAAUUUGUUGUUCAGUCUAUGUACUGAUAUAGUUGUCCAGUCGUUUUCUUUCUUUCUAAUAUUAUCCAUCCAUAGCCUAGUCCAGUGCAGAUUAUCAGAAUGAACUACUGGUUUAUCCAAAUUUUGCAUAGACCUAAUUCACAAUGUUUGGAGUGGUUGUAAAGUGAAAUGAAGUACAAAAAGUAUUGAAAGUAGUAUGUUUGGGAAAUACGACAGGUGAUUCGUUAAAAAUUGUGUUGAAUUUUAAGACAGUUUAACAGAGAGAGAUGAUGAUUUCUAUCC